CAAGUUGGUCUCCAAGCUAUCGUUUCUGUACUUGCAUAAAUCGGUAAAGACACAAACUGGAAACUGAAAAGAGAAUACUUCCAACAACUAUUUUGUAUCUUGGGACUAGCUUUUUAUGGGCUUGAAACUGUGAGGAAAUGGACCCAACAGCUUUCAUUGUGCGAGACCUCGACAAAGAGCUGCCUCAAGUGUCUAGGAAUAAUGAUACUGAAAAGAAGAGAGGACGCUCUUCAAGUGACCUUUCGAUGGGUUGGUUAUUACGUUUAUUCCGCUCAGAUUUUUUCGAUGCCUGGAUGGCGGUGACCUAUUUAUAUCGCUAUAGGAGCUCUAGAGGAGUUCAUGACUAUUUGUGUAAUGAAUUGUACAAACUAUCAGACGAAGACUUAGAAUUAUAUCUUCCGCAGCUAUGCAACUUGUUGGUUCAUCAUGCUCAAGAUUCUGUAGCACUUGAGAAGUUUGUUAUGGAUAAGUGCGCACAAUCUAUGCACUUUGCACUUCAGGUAUACUGGUUUUUGCAAGCUGCUUGCGAAGACUGUCAUAGAGAAAGGCUUCCAAGGGUUCAACAGUUGCGCACACUUUGUGAAACUGCUGCUGUAAACGGUUACUACCAGUCUACGUCUCUCCCAGCGCCUUACAACGAGGAGUCACUACUUACAAAGGAUUUGCAUCCCUCGUUGUCUGCAAACGAUAUCCUAAAGGGCACAACACGUUCACGUUCAAACUCGGAACCGGAACCCUUUCACAGAAGUAGAGUCAGUGAUAUAUCCAGUCUUGGUUCUUUCCAUUCUGAAGCCAGUCGCUCACUGAAUAGUUCUCCUCGUUUCAAGGAAAAGAAACACGAAGAGUUGUAUUUACGGCAAGAGAAUAUUUCGGGAGCCUCAUCAAGUUCCACUCCUGAAAAGAAAUCGAGUCAUUUGUCUGUUAUGAACCACUUUGGGAAUCGAACGAAGCCCCCGAAGAUGCCAAGCUCGGCUAAUCACCUCAACAGAGCUCAAGAUAGGAAGGAGGAAGAAAGCAGCUCAAUCGUUAAGGAUGACAUACAGUUGGAUGAAUUAAUAUCACAACAAAUGCGUGAACUUGUUGAGGACUUGUUGUAUAGAGUGGAAAGAAAUUUACUGUUGAAGCAAGAUUGGCUUGAGACGGGUUUCAUUUUGUCGGAAGAAUAUUUUGAAGCAGCUCUGAGUAUGAAUGACGCCCUUUCUCUUUGUAGAAAAGCAUCGGGUAUCAUCGAUAUCGGUGAAACCUCGCAUGAUGAGGAGGUUAGCAAUAUUAUUGAGUAUCAAAAGAUAGGGAUGGAAGAGCUAAAAGUGUCGAACUCUUUUGGAAUGGAAAAAGUGGAUGAUUCUUGUGUGAAGCCCAAUAAGGUGCUUGAUACGAGAAGUGAAUCAACCAAUCAACUGUCUCCUGAGCUCAAAGCUAUGUUGGCUUCGAAACAGGAAAGAUUCGACUAUUUCAAUGAUGGUCUUGUUUUUGUAAAACAGUUGGUCCGUCUCUCUUCAGCAGCAAGAGAUGCCCCUUCGGACAAAAGAUAUAGUUUCAUUCAGCGUGGAUUGGACCGUAUCAAUGAACUGUUCUUAAGACGCAUGUCUGGUUUGGAAUCACAUCCAUCACCCUUAAAGCCGCCACCUCAGCUUCCUUCCUUGGAAUGGCUUGCACAACAAGGAAGAGCAGUAGCAUUACGCAGUUUACAUCUUCCUAUUGCAAGAGCUGUUUCAAGAGUGCUACGUAUACUUCGUUUUGUUCCUGAAGAGACUAUCGUUUUUCCCACUCGAACUAGAGUUCCUUUCCUGGUAUUCGUUGAAGUGGUGGAGACCAAUAUGUUAUGUUGUAGUCAAUAUGUAUUUUUUGAACAUAUGCUUGUGGACGACUAUGAAGAGAAUGAUGACAAAGAUAUUGUAGCUGUAAUGGAAAGUCCACAUAUUGCAAGUCAUAUUGCAAGGAAAAGAACUUUGUCAAGUGAAGAAACGCCUCCUUCAUCAAAGGAAACAAGAAGUGGAAGUGUGGAAUCUUCAACGACACCGAGCAGUAAACAAAAGGAACAUGUACGAAACGCAGUUUAUGGGAAUUCUGUUACCGCAGUCAACAUGGAAGAGUAUGUAGAAAGUGGAAAGGAAGAUUUGGAAGAUCCAGAUUCUAUUAUUUCUCGUGAUGCCGCAUUGUUAGCUGUUUAUGGUGAAAUUUGGCACUGGAAAGCCGAAAGAAUCCGCAAAGCUUCUCCUUUUGGUCACUUUUCUGGUUGGAAGUUGGCAUCCUUCAUAGUAAAAGCUGGUGAUGAUCUUCGUCAAGAACAACUAGCAGUUCAGCUCAUUGCACAAUUUCGGAAUAUCUUUGUUGAAGAGGAUUUGGAAUUGUGGGUUCGACCUUUCACUGUGGUUUGUUUAAGUGCUGAUUCGGGUUUGGUUGAAACAUUGCCUGAUGCUGUGUCCUUGCAUGCCCUAAAGAAAAGAACUCCCAACUUUGUCACUCUUUUGGACUAUUUUGAAAGAGUUUACGGGGGAAAGGACAGCAAAAGAUUCAGAAGAGCUCAAAGAAACUUUGUAGAAAGUAUGGCUGGUUAUUCAUUGGUUUGCUAUCUUCUUCAAAUCAAAGAUCGACAUAAUGGAAAUAUUAUGUUGGAUUCACAAGGACGAGUCAUCCAUAUCGACUUUGGUUUCAUGUUGGGCAACUCUCCUGGUUCCAUUCGUUUUGAGUCUGCUCCAUUCAAGCUAACUGCGGAGUUUGUUGAUGUGAUGGGAGGUACUCAUAGUGAAGCAUUUCAGUAUUUUCGAGAACUGAUGGUGCAAGGUUUCUUAGCAGCUAGAAAGCAUCACGAAAAGUUAACAACUUUGGUUGAAAUCAUGAUCGAAGGAACAAAGAUUCCUUGUAUGCAUGGUGGCCAUAGUGUGUUGGAAUCCUUUCGACAAAGGUUUUGUUUGGGUUUGUUGGAAAAUGAAUGCAUUCAUCAUAUGUUAUCUUUGAUUGACGAAAGUGUGGAUAACUGGAGAACAAGACAAUAUGAUCGAUAUCAAUUUUACACCAAUGGUAUAUUAUAAGAUAUCAAUGAACGAAUGGAUUACUUU